UAACAGCUGUCAUCUGUCAACAAAGAAAGGAUGUCAUAAAAAUCAAAAGAGGAAAAUAAUAUCAAAAAAAACAUCAACAAAAUUUAAAAUGACGGAUCCUUGGUUGGUCCGUGAAAAAACAAUUAAUCAAAAAUCUUUAGAAAAUUCACCAACCGAUUUAAAUUCCAACGAAACAAAUUUCAAUCUAUCUGAUUCGCAAUCAUCUUUACAAUUCGAAGACAAUUUUCUGCCAACGCACAACAUCGCAAACGCCUCAAUUGAAAAGGAAACAACUGAACACUCUCGACUUCCGGACUCUGAGGAUUAUCUUCAGUCUUUAGAGAAAAAAUUAAAGAAAAUCAAGAAGAAUCCUAAAAUUCUAGAAGCUCUUUCAGAAAAACGAGCCGAGUGUCUGCGCAAUUUGUUAGAAGACAAUCUUUUUAUCAAUAAAGACGAAACCCUUGAGCUUGACGCACCAAUUUCUUCAGGUGAUUCAGCAGUCCAAGAGCUCUAUCGUCAUCAUAUACAACCCGUUCAAGCGUUAUCGGUAGGAGAAAUUGUUCACAUCGUAAAGUACGAUCAAUUGGAAGCUGAAGAAGACCUAGAAGAAACCGCCGACCCACAAGCACAAGACGACUCUAAUAGUGAAUCAAACAGUCGUUAA